ACAAGGAGAUGUUAUCCCAUGUAUCUUUACCGCUCACAUCAACCGGGGGUUGUGUAACCAUGACAUUGUCCACGCGGUAGAGUAAAAUAUUAAAAAGCUAUAAUGUGUCCGAGUCGGAGGUAGCUGCCUUUCAACAGCCGGACAUUCCUGAAGUGUAUCGAUAUUAACGUUAAAGGUCAGUCAGAGUUAUUAACUUUGCUAAUAGCGAACAUGGCUGCGCCCACAGGACCAGGGGGACCAUCAGCUUCCAACCUGGCCGGGUUUGAAGGCUUUCCGUUCGCAGUGGCCGGCAAACCAGCAGAGGACAGCUCUGGUAGAGAGCAGGAGCAGACAGGGGGUGUGAAAAAGAAGCCAUGCAGGGCCUGCACGGACUUUAAGUCGUGGAUGAAGGUCCAGAGGAAACAGACGACAGCUGCUGUACAGGAGAAUGGAGCUGCAGAGUCGGAGCAACAACCAGACCCACAAUGUCCAUUGGACAGGGAAGAGUUAGGGCGUAAUACCUGGUCGUUCCUGCACACUAUGGCAGCAUAUUACCCCGACCAUCCAUCGUCCACCCAGCAGCAAGAGAUGGGGCAGUUCAUCAACCUUUUCUCCAAGUUCUUCCCCUGCGAUGAAUGUGCAGAAGACCUCCGGGGCAGAUUAAAAAACAAUCAGCCGGACACCAGGAGUCGCCAUGCUCUUUCUCAGUGGCUCUGUCAGCUCCAUAAUGGCAUCAACGCGCGGCUGGGCAAGCCUGAGUUCGACUGCUCCCGUGUGGACGAGAGGUGGAAAGAUGGAUGGAAAGAUGGUUCCUGUGACUAAGGUGUGAGGAAAACGUCCUUCCUGUCAGUGCAAAACUUUCUUUGAGUGGAAACAGCACAAAGUGGAGCUCACAUUGUGGUGACACACUGCGCGUAGAGAGUGUCUUUUCUCGUUUUGUGGUUAGUUAAUAUAACUGAUCUGGUAAUAAAAUUAAAUGUAAAAAACA